CUCCGUUUCUCUCAUCAUCUGACUGGGUGAGUAAUCGUUGGUAUGUCAGCAAUGAUAUAAUGAUCGCCCUGGCUGCAUACCAGGCUUAAUCAGAGGACUAUGAUAGGAGACGAAUGCGUCAAACCCAAACCACCCCCGAGACCAUGCCAUCAUACGGUCAGGACGUUGAGCAUCAGGGGUGGGUGAUCUGCGUAAACCCAAAAGAUUGAUGCGAAAAACGGCGAAGCUUAAUCGCCAAGCCCUAUGGAACCCAGUUCCUCUGGUCUAUGGUAGGAUGUGCUUCCCGAAAGUCAGUCCGGAGGACGCCGUAGUGGCAUUAUUUGCCCCUAUAUUCCGGAUUUCGUACUUUAUCCCGUCUUCAGAGGUUAAGGACGCUAGUAGGUCGACUGGUAUAGAGGCAUGGGUGCAGCGGUGCAUGAACGGUCUCGCGAUCAUUGGCCCGAUCGUUGGGAUCAUUAUCGCUACAUCCAUCGUCGCGGUGCACUGUGCAGACUGCAACGACUGCGUAGGUUGGAAAAGGGGGGCAUCGGUCGGUGGGAUAGGACCCCUUGCUAACUCUGAUAAAUUCUCCGAAGACCCAGCUCACUGCCGGAGGCUGGUUGCUGCAUUGGGGGCAAGCCCGAUAGUCCGAGGGGCACCGACAACCUUUCAUUAUUCACGACCGUGAGAUAUCGGAAGCCAGAAUCUUUAGUUUCAAUGCCGCGUCGGAGGCUCGGGGCAAACUACGUAAGACUGUCAGUACUCAGGCCUCGGAGA